GAUUGCCCUAUUAUAUUCUUCUGUCGUAACAAUGGAUACGCCAUCAGUACGCCCACGUCAGAACAGUACGGAGGAGACGGUAUCGCCGGCAAAGGAGCGGGGUACGGAUUGCACACUAUUCGUGUCGACGGAAACGACGUGUUCGCGGUUUAUAACGCAACGAAAGCGGCACGUGAGCUUGCACUCAAAAAUAAACCCGUCCUCAUAGAAUCGAUGACCUAUAGAUUGGGUCAUCAUUCUACCAGUGAUGAUUCGACUAUCUCACGAAGAGGUGCAGGAGUUGGACCGAUAAAGAUCACCCAAUCAAGCGGUUCAAACACUAUAUCACAGAAAAGGCUGGUGGAACGACGAAGAAGAGAAGAAUGCCGCAAGCGGAUUUUGAAGGCGUUCGGUGAAGCUGAAAAAGAGAAAUGGUCUCAUUAUCAUGAUAUGUUCGAGGAUGUGUAUAGUGAAAUGCCGAAGCACGUCAAGCGCCAAAGGGAUGAGUUCGACGCGUUCAUGAAUGAAUAUAAACAGCAUUACCCAAUGGACAGAUGUUUGCCCAAAAGUGCAUAG